AUGUGUAGACCAGCUACCUGUGGCGUUUGCGAGCAAAAGACAUGGCGAGGAUGCGGUCUUCACGUCCCCGGCGUCCUGGACAGCGUCCCCAAGGAGGAAUGGUGUACCUGCGUGCCGAAGAAGACGGUCAACGACCAGGAGUAUCCGCCGAUGGCUGGCAAGGGACAUAGGGAGGGCGAGGAGCCGCCGGAGCAGACUGAAUGA